AUGAGGGUGUGGUUGCUGCUGCAGCUGCGCCUGCUCCUGCUGUGCUACAACCAGCACGUGGCGGAGGGUUCAUCGAGGUCCGCCGAGAGCGCGUACGACUCCAACAAGGGCGUGUUCAGCCCCAAGGGCCGCCUCGUCCAGCUCGACUACGUGGAGGGCUUGGUGAAGCGGGGCAACCUCUGCAUUGGUGCCGAGUGCAAGGAUGGUGUGGUUCUGAUGACCAACAAGCUGGUGACGGCGGAUGCGGCAAAGCUGUUGGUGGACGGGGGCACACGGCGCGUGUUUCGAGUCGACUCCCACAUCGGGAUAUUACCGGCCGGGCUGCCUGCUGACGGGCGAGCUCUGGCGCACAAGGCCAUGGAGUACUGCAGGUCCCACCGCCGCGAGUACGGUGAGCCGAUCCCGGGACGGCUACUGGCGGAGCGCCUGGGGGAGUUCAUACACGCGGCGUGCGUCCGCUGGGGGUCGCGGGCUUACCCCAACGCGCUGUUCGUGGCCUGCUGGGGGGAGGGUGCGCCGGACACUCCCGCCUCUCUACGAUCAGAAGGAGGCCACCGUAGCGGUGGUAGUGAUGCCAACAUUGUUGUUACUGGUGGGAAGUCCGUGUCUAAGCCAGAGACGAAAGAAACUGCUGUAGUGGAGAAGGGCGGGGGGGGAGUUGAACCCGUGCUCCACGACGACCGGCAGCCAGUAGCGGAGGAGGGGAUGCAGGAGGAGGAGGAGGAGGAGGACGACGACGACAGCGACGAUGGGGAGGGACUGGUGAUGGAUCGGGACGCCGGCUUCCAGCUGUACGUGGUAGACCCGGGCGGAGCCGUGCGUAGGCACAGAGCGGCAUGCACGGGGAGGGGGAGCUCUCGGGCGCGGAAGUGGCUCCACCGCCGAGUUACCGGCGCAGCGGCGCCGGCGCCGGCGCCGGGGAAAGAAGCCGUCAGCGGCGGCGCUAGCGGCGUCGGCCCCUCUGCGAGUGCCGAGCGGGAGAAGAACGGCGGGUGGUCGCCGGAAGCAGGAGGUCGGGAUGAUGCAGCAGAGGAAGACGGAGACGACCGCAGCACUGAAGAGAGUGGGGGAGGUGGUAAUGGUAGUGGGGAAGAUAGCGAUUGGCGCGGCACACAGGGCGCCCCCGGGGGGGGGGUCCGGCAGCGAGGGCGACGGCGACAACAACCACCGUUUUCGCAGAUGACCUGCGCGGAAGCCGCGCGCGCUAUGGUCAGAGAAGCUAGACGGGUCAGGGCCGGCGAGCCCGGGAAAGCGGGAGGAGGGGGGUCAGAAGCCGUAGCGGGCUUGCCGGAGGUUGCUUGGUUGUCGAUCGACAAAGGCGGAGAGCCGGUCUUCGUACACCACCGUUCGACCGAACGUUUGUUCGAAAGUGGGGAAUGA